CCCUGUCUCCCCCGCCUCCUCCUCCUCCCGCGAAAGCGACGGAGGGGGAAGCAGCUAAAAUCCACGGGCGUCGCCAUCAUCGCUGCCCCCUUCUUCCUUAAUCGCUACCAGUUCGGUACGUGUAGGUCUGCCUGCUCUGCCCACCGCCCUCUCUCCCCAGUCUUUCGCUCCGGCGUGCAUGCGCUGCCGUGCCCCCGCCAAAGCGCCGAGUAUCCACGCAGAUAUCGCAGCUGGUGGCCGCCCGCUGCAUGCCAAAAGCGCAGCCCGCACGUCUAAAGCCGACGAAAUCCUUCUGCGGCUAAAGCUGUCACUCUCUGCGGCUGUCUGUCUCUCUCGAGGCGCGCUUUGCUGCUUGAUAUACUGCCGUUUGCCAUCGCAAAACAUAGUACAGAUCGACUAGAGAUACGCACGCACAGGCCGCGUCUGAGACAGGGCUGAGGAGUGAAGUGAGCCGUCGUCAUGGCGGGAACCUUACGUGCGGCAGUGGCCGCCUCGCAGCCGCCGCCGUCCAGGGGCGCCACCGCCAGUGGCGGCAUCCCGUGGCUGCUCAGGAAGCGCGCCGGCAAGGUGCGCCACGGCCCGACCCUCGGCGGGCAAGAACCUGACGUCCACGAUGAGGUGGAACUGGAAGACGAGGGAGCCACCUUCGUCGUCUCUACUCCGUCCGUCGCGGACGCUGUUGGGGCGGGAGGAGGAACCCCUGAGCCGUCAGGGAAGCGCCGGGAGGCGCUCGCGCGGCUCCGGUCCGCGGUCCUGGCCGUGGUGGCGCGCGCGCGGCGCCGGCGCGGGCGCAGGCCGAUGGGGUCGAGCGUCACCGGCACCAUCUUCGGCCGGCGCCGGGGCCGCGUGCACCUGGCGCUGCAGACGGACCCGCGCGCGCCGCCGGCGCUCAUGGUGGAGCUGUCCGCGUACUCCACCGGUGCGCUCGUCAGGGAGAUGUCCUCCGGCCUCGUCCGCAUCGCCCUCGAGUGCGAGAAGACGCCUGCACACAACACAGGCGGCGAGAGGAGGCGGACGGCGCUGGUGGAGGAGCCGACGUGGCGAGCGUACUGCAACGGGCGCAAGUGCGGGUACGCCGUGCGGAGGGAGUGCGGCGCGGAGGAGUGGCGGCUGCUCCGAGCCGUCGAGCCCGUCUCCGUCGGCGCUGGCGUCGUCCCGGACGGCGGCGCCGGCGAGGGGGACCUGAUGUACAUGAGGGCCAGGUUCGAGAGGGUGGUGGGAUCCAGGGACUCCGAAGCGUUCUACAUGAUAAACCCCGACGGCAACGGUGGGCCCGAGCUCAGCAUCUACCUCCUCAGAGUCUGACAAUAUAUGUUUUUCAUUCCAUGGGUUAACCCUAAAAAAGUUAUGCUUUUUUUUUCGGUAAUAAGUUAACCGUGUAUGUUUGAUUCUUGGUUAUGUGAAACUGGCGGUCUGUUGAUGCACUGACAAUGUUCUCACUCGCUUAUUUUGGUUUAUGCUUGCUUAGUACUCCCUCAAGUGUCAAAAACGCAUUUAUAUUAUGAGACAGAGGAUAGUGUCAAAAACGCUCUCAUAUUAUGGGACAGAAGAAGUAUCAUCUUUAAGUUAUUGUGCACUGGUAUGGUAAGCUAAAUGCAAC